UUUCUUUUAAAAGUAGCCUCUGGUACUGAUCCACACAGGACUUGCUAAACAAAUCUUGAGUUGCCAAAAUGGUCGAAUGGACAGACUUUGAGCGCGCCACCAUCCAGGACAUCUUCGCCAAGAUCAACUAUGAGGAAGUGGGACCUGCAGCUCUUACCAGGUGUCUGAUCGUCUACCCCUGGACUCAGAGGUAUUUCGGGAACUUUGGAAACCUCUACAACGCCGCUACCAUCAUUGGAAAUCCGAAAAUUGCACAGCACGGAGUAACUAUCCUCCACGGUCUGGACCGGGGUGUGCAGAACUUGGAUAACAUCAAGAAAACCUAUGCCGAACUGAGUGUGCUGCACUCCGAGAAAUUGCACGUCGACCCGGACAACUUCAGGCUGUUGUCUGACUGUCUGACCAUCGUGCUUGCUGCAAAGUUGGGCAACGCGUUCACUGGUGACGUCCAGGCCGCUUUUCAGAAGUUCCUGUCCGUGGUGGUGGCCUCCCUGGGAAAACAGUACCACUAGAGAGCUGCAGCAGAAGACCUUCACAUGCUGAUCAUCUGUUGAAAAGAUUUUUCUUUUAUCAUGUUUCAAAAACAUAAAUUAAUAAAAUAAUGA